AUGGCAGGAGUACCAACUAAAUGCACUUUACCUGUACUUACUAAUAUUUUUGAUGGAACUACAUGUGCAGUGCAGCAUAUAAAGGCGUACAUCAUAUCUCUGUUGCAAUGGGAGGAUAAUGAUGCAGUCUUAUGCAAGUAUUUUCCUACGAGUUUAACAGGGGAAGCUUUACAAUGGUUCGAGGGAUUUCCAAUGGGAACAAUCAGAUCAUUCAAUCAUCUACAAAGCAUAUUUUUAGGAGCAUACAUCAGUAACAACAUGUUACGACCAGGAAUAGAGAAGGUAUUCAGCCUACGGAGAAGAAUCAAUGAGGGCUUGCGCAACUUAACCACACGUUGGAGGACCAUGUGUAGUGAAAUGCCUGGAAGAGUAGAUGAAAGGAAUCUCAUACUAGCUUUCAUUAACGCACUUUUUACAAUAGCUUUGUUGUAUACACAAAUAUUCAGGAUAAAAGAUACCAUAACAAUGACAGAGCUGCGCGAGUACCAAGAAGAGUACAUCGCUCUUGAAUAA